AUGGCACAGAAGAAGUAUGUGGUUGAGAUCGAGAAGGCCAAGGAAGCAACUGAUAGGAAGCCAUCAGUGGGACCGGUUUACCGGAAUGUGUUAGCGAAAGAUGGAUUCCGGCCACCGGUGGAAGAAAUUGAGAGCUGCUGGGAUGUUUUUCGCGUUUGGUUGCCGAUAAAACAAAAGAAACGGAAACGGGAAGAGAAGAUCAUUCCGUUUGUUUGCUUUCUCGGCAACCAAACAGAGGAACUCGAGGUUUUCCAGGAAUGCGGCAGGCACCGUUCGGUUGUUUGGGAUGAACGAGAGACAAUGGCUUCCAUUGUUCACUCCCUUCCGAAAGUUUUCGGAGAAUCUGUGGAAAAUUAUCCUAAUAAUCAAAUGCUUGCCGAGCGCGAGGUCGAGAAUGGAAAGGCAGGUAAAUAUGUGUGGCUGACGUACAAGGAAGUUUAUGAUAUAGUGUUGAAAGUUGGAGCAUCCAUCCGCAGCUGUGGUGUUAAGCCCGGUGCUAAAUGUGGAAUUUAUGGUGCAAAUUGCCCGAAAUGGGUUAUAAGUAUGCAGUUGGAUAAUGCCUGUAUAGUUUCCCUCUCAGUGAUUCAACCAAAUGUUCUGACUCUUCUGCAGGCCUGCAAUGCACACAGACUUCUCUGUGUUCCUCUAUAUGACACUCUUGGUGCUGGUGCGGUGAAAUUUAUCAUUUGUCAUGCAGAGAUUUCAAUUGCUUUUGCAGAUGAAACCAAAAUUUCAGAGGUAUUGAAAACAUUUCCUGAUACUCACAAGUACUUGAAAACUCUUGUGAGCUUCGGGAAGGUUACUGCUGAGCAAAGGGAGGUGGCUGAAACGUUUUCUUUGACAAUAUAUUCUUGGGAUGAAUUUUUGCUUCUUGAAACCGAUGAGCAUUUUGACCUCCCAAUAAAAAAGAAGAGUGAUCUUUGUACCAUCAUGUAUACAAGUGGAACAACUGGUGAUCCAAAGGGAGUAAUGAUUUCCAAUGCGAGCAUUCUUUCAAUUAUAUCUGGAGUAAAUCACCAUCUACAGAGCAUUAAUGAAGAGUUUACUGAGAGAGAUGUGUACAUGUCAUAUCUUCCUUUGGCGCACAUUUUUGAUCGGGUCAUUGAGGAAUUGUUCCUCUCCAAAGGUGCCUCAAUAGGAUUCUGGCAAGGGGAUGUUAAACUAUUGAUGGAUGACAUCAGAGAGCUAAAACCAACUGCAUUCUGUGCUGUUCCACGAGUGUUAGACAGGAUUUAUUCAG